UGAGGCCAAGGAAAGCAAAGAGAGGAAAGCUGCUGAGGGGGGAAAAUAGAAGGCAGGGUCGGAUUGUGACAGAAAGAGGGGGGUAAAAGGGAAUCCCCCAACAAAACACAGAAGGGAAUUUUUGGACAAAGUGAAAGUUCUGAGCUAUAAAACAGGAGGCAGCCACAGCCUCUCACAGACUCGCAUGCUCACACUCUUAGAGGACACCUCACACCCCACCUGGACACCAGUGUGCCUCUCAUCGCUCCCUCGCACACGCAUCUGGGCCUUGGCCUCACACAGACUCUUGCAUACACCCAGACACUCGCUCAGCUCACACACGCACUGUCAGCCUGCCUCAGCUCACCCUCCAUGGCACCCCGUGUGGCCCCGAUGUUGGCCCUCAGCCUGCUGCUUCUCUGGACCUCCGUGGCCCCUGCUCUGGGUGGUGCUAAUGAUGCUGAAGACUGCUGCCUGUCUGUGACCCGGCGCCCCAUCCCUGGGAACAUCGUGAAAGCCUUUCGCUACCUUCUCAUCAAGGAUGGCUGCAGGGUGCCAGCUGUUGUGUUCACCACACUGAGGGGCCACCAGCUCUGUGCACCCCCAGAUCAGCUCUGGGUAGAACGCAUCAUCCGGAGACUGAAGAAGUCCUUUGCCAAGGCAAGCCUGGCCCCUUCCCAGCCCUGUCUCCAUCCUCCAAGCCCCCUCUAAGAUUCUGUCCCAUGACCCUGUCUUGCCUUCCUUCCUCAGGGCAAGUGCCAUAGCAGUUAGCCCCUGAAAGCUCCAGAGGGAGCCUUGAGUUUGACAGAAAGGAUGUGAAUCACCUUGGCCUGGAGAACCAAGGACCAGAGAGAGGGACAGGCCUCCAGCUGUUCUGUACCAGACCUGACCCAGCCAGGACAGGGCCUGGAGUGUCAGUGUGACUGUGAAUGUGAGUGUGAGCAAGAGAGUGUGCCACAAGCCCAGCCUCUCCACAUCCAGAAUG